UCGCUCUUACCCCGGCUCCCAUCCGUGGUCAUAUGACCUGCUCACACCCCCAGCGGGCUCCGCCCCCAGUCUCUCCUCAGGUCUUCGAUUGGCGUAAUGCGCGGUCAAUCAGAGCGCGUCGAGCGGCGAUUGGCCCAGCGACGCGGCGUGGGCGGGAGGAGGCGGUGUCGGAGGAGGAAGCGCCGGGUACCCGGAUGCUCCCGCUCGCCAUGGAUGACCUGAACCUGCACUACCGCUUCCUCAACUGGCGCCGGCGCAUCCGCGAGAUCCGCGAGGUGCGCGCCGUGCGCUACCAGGAGCGCGCCAAGCACAUCCUGGUGGACGGGGACACGCUCAGCUACCACGGCGGCUCCGGGGAGGUCGGCUGCUACGUGGCGCCGCGCCCGCUCACGCGCGACAACAACUACUUCGAGGUGUCCAUCGUGGACAGCGGCGUGCGCGGCACCAUCGCCGUGGGGCUGGUGCCGCAGUACUACAGCCUGGACCACCAGCCCGGCUGGCUGCCCGACUCCGUGGCGUAUCAUGCGGAUGACGGGAAGCUGUACAGCGGCCGCGCCAAGGGCCGGCAGUUCGGCACCAAGUGCCGCUCGGGCGACCGCAUCGGCUGCGGCAUCGAGCCGGGCUCCUUCGAGGUGCAGACGGCCCAGGUGUUCUUCACCAAGAACGGCAAGCGGGUGGGCUCCACGGUGAUGCCGCUGUCCCCCGAGGGGCUGUUCCCCGCCGUGGGGAUGCACUCGCUGGGGGAGGAGGUGCGGCUGCACCUGCACGCCGAGCUGGGCACGGAGGACGAGGACACGGCCAUGCUGGUGGACAGCCUGGAGGAGGAGUGGGGGCGGCUGCACGACGUGCGGCUCUGCGGCACCCUGCUGGAGUACGUGGGCAAGGGGAAGAGCAUCGUGGACGUGGGGCUGGCGCAGGCGCGGCGCCCGCUCAGCACCCGCAGCCACUACUUCGAGCUGGAGAUCGUGGACCCGGGCGAGAAGUGCUACAUCGCGCUGGGGCUGGCGCGCAAGGAUUACCCCAAAAACCGCCAUCCGGGCUGGAGCAGGGGCUCCGUGGCGUACCACGCGGAUGAUGGGAAGAUCUUCCACGGCAGCGGGGUGGGGGACCCGUUCGGCCCCCGCUGCUACAAAGGGGACAUCAUGGGCUGCGGCAUCAUGUUCCCCCGCGACUACAUCCUGGACAGCGAAGGUGACAGUGACGAGGCGCUGGAGGUGAAGGCGGCGGUGCGGAACGUGCUGUACCUGCACCGCGACGAGGACGAGGACGACGAGGAGGAGGAGGAGCCGGAGCCCGAGCACGAGGGCAGGAAGGUGCUGGUGUUCUUCACGCGCAACGGGAAGAUCAUCGGCAAGAAGGAGGCGCUGGUGCCCCCCGGGGGGUACUUCCCCACCGUGGGCAUGCUGAGCAGCGGCGAGAAGGUCAAGGUCGACCUGCACCCCCUCAGCGGCUGAGGGGGGCGCACGGGACCCCCCGUGCACGUCAACCCCCCGCACUGGGGUCCCAAUCCUGCCCCCCCCACCCCACUGCCCCGUUUCGGGGGCUCACGGGGUGGGGGGGUAAUUCAGGGUCCACCCCACUGCCCCCCCCCAUCCAUCACAUCACUGUCCCCCCUCCACUUUGUGAAUGUAACCCCACCGCCCCCAUCCCACCCGGGGGGCUGUGCCCCCUCCCGCCCCCGCGGGGGGGCGAAGGGCCGGGCUGUGCCCCCCGGGCCGGCGCAGAAAGAAGGAGCCUGGAGCCGGGGUGGUGGCUGUUGGCAUUUGCACAUUUUUGGAUUGGGGGGGGCACCCCCUCCAUACAGCUCUGUGCCCCCCCCAUAACAUAUAUAUAUAUAUAUAUAUAUAUUAGAGACGUCUGCCUAAAGCUCAUAUAAAUCCUUUCUUACACAAAAA